GUCGAAUCUCAGAGGAGGAAGCUGUACAGUACGUGGCCUGUGGCCCUCCUGGAAUCGGGCCCCUCACUGUCCCGUGAUGUGACCUCUCCUUUCUAGGGAUCACAAGAAGGAUCUGUCCUGAUCUCCAUCUUAUGGAUCUCAGUAUUGAGGGAUUUCUCUGAUAACAACAUGAGGAAUCAUCAGAGACUUCUACAAGUUCAGUUGAUAUUCCUGCUGGUGACGGUGGCCCAGAAUGACCCCGCCCUAGAGGAGGACAAUAACAUCCAAUCAGGAUCCAUAGCAGGGACGAUAAUCCCCAGAGGAUCCGACCGAUCCACAGAACAGGAAGAGGAUGUAUCAUCAAGGCAAUCAACUGACAAUGGAAAUCGGCCCUUGACCCGGGAUCCUGGAAAUGAGCUGCACACCGACACUCUGACAUCGGGGGCAGAAACGGGACAGGGGCCACUGGAGAGGGGUCAGGAUACUAGGGGCCCACUAUAUCCAGCGUCCAAUCAGAAAGUCAUCAUCAGCAUUCCCAGUACUGAUCACCAGGAAGAUGUCAAUGAAUGUGCAGCUGUGGAGCCACCUUGUGGAUUAUAUGCUAACUGCACCAACACUGUUGGUUCCUACAUUUGCCGCUGCCAUCGGGGUUUUCUAAAAGGGUCGCAGGGGUGUGAAGAUGUGGAUGAGUGUCAGCUGGCAGAGGUGACGGGUCUUCAGGCCUGUCCCCCCCGCUCCACCUGUCGCAACACGCUCGGCUCCUUCACCUGCGCCUGCGAUGGCGGCUUUGUUUUCUCAUUGGGCGGUAAAAGAUGUGUCGAUGUUGACGAGUGCACGUUUGAGGAGAAAUGUCGCCGGGAGUUGGGCAACCUGUGUGUGAACACUGAGGGGAGUUACCGCUGCAGCUGCCAUGCUGGAUUUCGGGAGCUGGGACUCUCUUGUGUCGAUAUAGACGAGUGUGCUGACACUCCAUCCAUAUGUUCGGGGAUCGGGGUCUGUGAAAACGCGGUUGGGAGUUAUCGCUGCGGAUGUCCUGCCGGGUUUCGUGGUAAUGGGACUUUCUGUGAAGACGAGAACGAAUGUUCUUCUGGUAAAGGCACCUGCGACACGAACGCUCGAUGUGGAAAUGUAAUCGGAUCUUAUUUCUGCCAAUGUUAUCAGGGGUUCAAUGGAGAUGGACACACCUGCUUUGAUAUUGACGAGUGCUCUGUAAGUAACGGUGACUGUGAGCAUCUGUGUGUGAACCAGGUUGGAAGUUUCCAGUGCCAGUGUCCCCCGGGGUACCAGCUGGAGGAAAAUGGCAGGAACUGUACAGAUAUUGAUGAAUGUCAGAGUGAAAAUGGCGGCUGUCAGCAGAUCUGCAGGAACACAGACGGCUCAUAUGAAUGUGCGUGUCUGAUAGGCUUUCAGCUCCAUGUGGACCGCCGUCAGUGUGCAGACAUUGAUGAGUGUAAGAUCAAUAACGGGGGCUGUUCACACAACUGCAACAACACUGAAGGAGCAUUCCGGUGUCUCUGCCCUCUUCACCAGGCCUUGGCCAAAGACCUGAAGACCUGCAUCAACAUCACGUCAUGUGACCUGAAAAAUGGCGGAUGUGAGCACACGUGCGUGGAGCGGCAGGAGGACGGCAUAGAGUGCAGCUGCCGGGCAGGCUGGGUACUAAGUAAUAACAGGAGGUCCUGUGAUGAUGUUGAUGAAUGUGCGGACUUCACUCGCGGUGGAUGUGAACAGACGUGUGAUAACCUCCCGGGCUCCUACAACUGCAACUGUUCUAAAGGAUUCGCCGUCCGCACCGAUGACACCACAAAAUGCCGGCCGGUGUGCGAUCCCCCCUGCCAAAACUACGGAGUCUGCGUGGCUCCAGAUACCUGUGACUGUCCUGCAGGGUACCCGGGGCCCGGCUGUUCUGCCAUGUGCUCCCCGCCUUGUGCCCAUGGAGGAACCUGCAUGAGACACAACAUGUGUGCCUGUCCCUCGGGAUGGACGGGUCCUGGGUGCCAGACAGCUGUGUGUGAGUUGCCAUGUGGUAAUGGCGGACGCUGUGUGGCCCCAAACACCUGCCAGUGCCCAUCGGGAUACAGCGGAGAGCAAUGUCUGACACCGCUCUGUACCCCGCCCUGCCUGAACGGAGGGAAAUGCCUUGACGUCAACACGUGUGUGUGUCCCAGCGGGUGGCUCGGUGCCCGCUGCCAAAUAGAGCCUGUGCGCUGCGAGAAGCCGUGCCAGAACGGGGGCCGAUGCGUGGGGUACAACAUCUGCCGAUGUCCUGCUGGAUUUCAAGGGCCUCGGUGCGAAACGGCUAUCGCAGAGCCCUGUGUACCCCCCUGCCAACAUGGGGCAACCUGUAAACCCUUCAACAAGUGUGAGUGUGUGCCGGGCACUGCGGGACAUCGAUGUGAGAGGCUGACGUGUCCCAUCGUUACCACCAAGCUGAGCACGUCAAGAGCCGUCCGCCAGGGGGUGCGAGAGAGUUACGUGGAACGCUGCGGUCCCCUGGGGGUCCAAUUGUGUACCAAAUAUCGGAUCAACCAGGUCCGGGUGUAUGUCCAGGCAUACGUAGUCGGCUACAAAAUCCAAUGUCCUACGAAGACCUGAGCAUGGAGGAUGACGGAUAAAGCAUCCCACCAGUCCUGACAUUUGUCUCCAGGACAUCAAUGCGGAGAGUGGAGGAGACACCGGAGACCAUUCUGUUUAUACCGUAACUUGUAUCAAGAAGAGACCGAGACGCAUUAUUGGUCGCCAGUACUCAGCACAAGAACCUUUUUAUUUUUAUUCUUUAUUAUGGUGCUUUAUGCUUCAGUUAUUAAAGUAUUGGGAUUUUAUUCAGAAAAUA